CUGGCAGACAGAGAGACAGCUUGUCUCCACCAGCACCUCCACCAGCAUCUGCUGAGCCAUGAGCCAAACCCGGGAUUUACAGGGAGGAAAAGCCUUUGGACUGCUGAAGGCCCAGCAGGAAGAGAGACUGGAUGAAAUCAACAAGCAACUCCUGGAUGAUCCCAAAUACAGCAGCGAUGAGGAUCUACCCUCCAAACUGGAAGCCUUCAAGAAGAAAUACAUGGAGUUUGACCUGAAUGGAGACGGAGAUAUCGAUAUCAUGUCCCUGAAGCGAAUGCUAGAGAAACUGGGGGUCCCCAAGACCCACCUAGAGCUAAAGAAAUUAAUCAGGGAGGUUUCUGGUACCUCUGGGGAGACAUUCAGCUACUCUGACUUUCUCAAGAUGAUGUUGGGCAAGAGAUCUGCCAUCCUAAAAAUGAUCCUGAUGUAUGAGGAGAAAGCAAGGGAGCAGGAGAAGCCAGCAGGUCCUCCCGCCAAGAAAGCUAUCUCUGAGUUGCCCUGAUUUGUGGUGGGGGGAAAUUUGGUGGGAUCAAAGGGGCUUCUAAUAACUCGAAGACAAAAUUGUGAGCCAGAGUCAAACCAAA